GUGAGCGCAGGGGGCGGGGUGCGAUGGCGGCCGCCCUGCCCGGGCUGUGCCGGGCCCGGGUCACCGCCGCGCUGCUCCUGGGCUGCUGCGGGGCAGCGCUGGCCGGCGGCGUCCAGGAGCAAGCAGAACAGUUCUUUAGAAGUGGACAUACAAAUAACUGGGCGGUUUUGGUGUGUACGUCUCGAUUCUGGUUUAAUUAUCGUCAUGUGGCAAACACCCUUUCAGUGUACAGAAGUGUCAAGAGGCUGGGCAUUCCUGAUAGCCACAUUGUCCUGAUGCUGGCAGAUGACAUGGCCUGUAAUCCCAGAAAUCCCAAACCGGCUACCGUGUUCAGCCACAAAAACAUGGAGCUCAACGUCUAUGGAGAUGAUGUGGAGGUGGAUUACAGGAGCUAUGAGGUCACUGUGGAAAAUUUCCUGCGUGUGUUGACGGGGAGGAUCCCACCGAGCACCCCGCGGUCUAAACGGCUUCUCUCUGAUGACAGAAGCAAUAUUCUGAUAUAUAUGACAGGCCAUGGGGGAAACGGUUUCCUAAAAUUUCAGGAUUCUGAGGAAAUCACCAAUGUAGAACUUGCUGAUGCCUUUGAACAAAUGUGGCAGAAGAGGAGGUACAAUGAGCUGUUGUUUAUUAUUGACACUUGCCAAGGAGCAUCCAUGUACGAACGGUUUUAUUCACCCAACAUAAUGGCCUUGGCUAGCAGCCAAGUAGGAGAAGAUUCUUUAUCACAUCAGCCUGACCUUGGGAUUGGUGUUCAUCUCAUGGACAGAUACACCUUCUACGUGCUGGAGUUCUUGGAAGAAAUUCAUCCUGCCAGUCAGACAAAUAUGAAUGACCUGUUUCAGGUGUGUCCAAAAAGCUUGUGUGUUUCCACGCCCGGGCAUCGAACCGAUCUGUUCCAGCGGGACCCUGGCAACGUUCUGAUCACGGAUUUCUUCGGCAGCGUGCGCAAGGUGGAGAUCACGGCAGAGACGCUCGCUCUGGACCGGGACGUGGCUGCUUUUGAGAGCAAGUUUCCAGAGGAAGAGUUGGCUGCAGAACCCCUGAAAUACGCUGAACAACUUCCCGUAGCUCAGAUCAUACACCAGAAACCAAAACAAAAGGAUUGGCAUCCUCCUGGAGGGUUUAUUUUAGGACUCUGGGCGCUGAUCAUCCUGGUUUUCUUCAAGACAUACGGAAUCAAGCACAUGAAAUACGUCUUCUGAACUGGAACAAGCAAGAUUGUGCUACUUUGGGUUUGGGUUCCUGGGUAUCACAACAUGUGUUCUCUGCAGGUGGAUUGUGGUUGUGGUGAAAAACAGUGUUGAGAUCUCACUUUCUGGAGGUUCUUUUGAAGUCAUCUUUUCUUCCCCUUCCUUCUGGAAAGAUUCUAACCAAUGGUUUUAAUGUUAUUUUACUUUGUUUGGUUUUAAACCUAUUUGAAUGCUUUUCUGAGCAUUUUUUUUUUUUUUCUUUCUGAUUAAACUUGUAAAGGGGCAGGAUUCUAAACCCAGUGACAAGGUUGCUUCUGAAUUGUAAAUGGGCAGAUUCUUUUCCCCAUGCUUCAAAGUAAAUCUUGGAAAUAGUCACCUAUCACUGAAGAGCUGGACAUUGUGUAGAAUGUUAUUUAAGAUGUCAUUUUAUCAAUAAAAACUUAGGCCACUUUGCAGA